AAAUUCUAAAAAUCGAUCUAUGUGAGAAGAAUUCUAAAAAACUCAAUCUUUGUGAGAAGAAUUCUAAAAAACUUGAUCUAUGUGAGAGGAAUUCUAAAAAACUCGAUCUAUGUGAGAGAAAUUCUAAAAAACUCGAUCUAUGUGAGAGAAAUUAUAAAAAACUCAAUCUAUAUAAGAGAAAUUCUAAAAAACUUGAUUUAUGUGAGGAGAAUUCUAAAAAAUUCAUAUUUAUGUGA